AUGCCGUCAGAGUUUGGCUUCCAUGUUAUAGACUACGUCAUAUUUGCUGGAAUGAUAUCAUUUUCCAUAGGGAUAGGUGUGUAUUCCGCCUGUUCCGGUGGAGGACAAAAGACAACCCUGGAGUAUCUGGUUGGGAAUCGACGGCUGAAGAUGUUACCGGUCGCGUUCUCACUCGUAGUAUCCUUUGAGUCCUCUAUUCUGGUUCUGGGUUUCCCCGCAGAAAUUUAUAUUUAUGGCGGUGAUCUUAUUUGGGCCAGUGUGGGGUUGAUGAUAACCAUGCUGUUUGCCACACGAGUAGCAGUUCCAUUAUUUCAUCCUCUCAAGCUCACGAGUGUAUUUGAGUAUUUCGAACUGCGAUAUAAAAGCAAAACACCACGCACACUAGGUACUGUUAUUGGAAUGUUGUAUUACAUAUUUUACAUGGGGAUUGUUCUUUAUGGCCCAGCUAUAGCUUUAGAAGCAGUGACAGAUUUUCCAUUCUGGGCUUCUGUAUUCACCGUAGCAGGGACAGCCAUCAUUUACACCUCUAUAGGCGGCCUGAAAGCGGUCGUGUGGACAGAUGUUUUACAAUGCCUCAUUAUGACAAUUGGGAUGAUUGUUGUAAUCGUCAAGUGCUUCAUUUUGUUAAAGGGCACCAUGGAUGUAGGAGACUUCGGAAAGGUCUUACAAAUCAAUUACGAUAACCUCCGAAUCAAUUUCUUUAAUUUUGAUCCUGACCCGACGGUCCGUCACACAUUUUGGCCUCUCUUUGUGGGAUCAAUCAUUGGGUAUAUGGGAGUGGCCUUCAAUCAGGCAACGGUGCAGCGCAUCAGUUCUGUCAACACAUUUUCUGAAGCGAAAAAAAUUUUAUGGUUAUCUGGACCAGUAUUCCUCAUAUUUGGUAUUAUCGUAAACAUUGAGGGACUUGUGAUGUUUGCGUACUUCAACAUAGUAGGAUGUGAUCCUGUAGAGGCUGGAAUUAUCAGGAAUGCCAACCAGUACCAUUUCAUCAGGACUAAGUUGUUUGAGCGCUCAGACAGUUGA